GAACAAUAGCAAAAUAAUAUUCGUUAAUUCACAUGAACUUUAUAGCAAUAUUGAUAAGAAUAAAACUUUAUUUGACCCUAAUAGAGCCUUUUAUAGGUUUUGUAUUUUAAUUUUAUCUUGUUUUGUGGGAUUUGGUGCCUGUAUUUGUUAUGACUCUCCAGCCCCUUUGCAAGAUCAAAUUCGCAAAGAUAUUAACAUUUCAGGAAGUCAAUUUAUGGCAUUUUAUUCAUGGUAUUCUUGGCCAAAUAUUAUUCUAUGUUUUUUUGGUGGUUAUCUUAUAGAUAAAGUAUUUGGAAUACGUUUUGCCACUUUCUUAUUUGCUGGAUUAGUUUUAAUUGGAAAUAUUAUAUUUUCAAUUGGAGCAUUUUUAAAUGCUUAUUGGCUUAUGUGUAUUGGUCGUUUUGUGUUUGGGGUUGGUGGUGAAUCGUUAGCAGUAGCACAGAAUUUCUUUGCUAUAUUAUGGUUCAAAGGUAAAGAGAUCAAUUUGGUGUUUGGUUUACAGCUUAGUGUGAGCAGAUUGGGGAGCACUGUCAGUUUUAAUGCGUUGGUACCAAUUUACUUCGAAUUUCAGAAAUAUUUAAAGAAAACUAUUUGCCUAGGUGCCACUUUUAUGUUAGUUACCUUGACCUGCUUAUUGUCCUUCGUGAGCGCUUUACUUUUGAUUUACAUGGACCGGAGGGCGGAAAAACUAAGAAACUCCUCUAAACUUGUCACCCAUGCAAACAACGAAGCAACAAUGGAGAGAAACAAAGAUGUUACUAACGAAAACCAGGACAAUAUCGUUACGAACAAAGAAGACAAAGCAGAAAAGGUAUCGAUCAAAGAUAUAAAAGACUUUCCGCUAAACGUAUGGCUCAUAAACAUUGUUUGCGUCACAUACUACGUUGCUCUCUUCACAUUUAUAGGGCUCGGAAUCCCCUUCUUUCAAAACAAAUUCGGAUUAUCUUUGGCCAGAGCCAGUGUAGUCAACAGUAUAGUCUACAUUAUUUCUGCCUUCAUAUCUCCCAUCCUUGGAUUCGUGGUGGACAAAGUAGGCCGAAACCUUACUUGGAUUACAAUUUCCUUCCUUUUCGCCAUUGUAGCACAUUCUCUCAUGGCGUUCACCCUAUUGGCCAACCCUUAUUUUUGCAUGGUUUUGCUGGGGAUUUCUUAUUCCAUACUCGCUUCCGCUCUUUGGCCGCUGGUCAGUUACGAAGUUCCAGCUUAUCAACUUGGCACAGCUUAUGGAUUAAUGCAAGCUUUUAUGAAUGGGGGAUUAGCACUCUUUUCCCAAGUAGCAGGAGCUCUGGUAGAUUUUAAAGGAUACUUGUUUUUGGAAAUAUUCUUCUUAUCCUUAUUAUUUAUCGGUCUCCUAGCCAACGCUGUUCUCCAAAUGAACGAUAAAUUUAGAAGGGGAGUUCUGGAUGUCAGCCCUGCCGAAAGGGAACUCAAAUUGACAUUACACCCCACUUCAUCGGCAUCCACCCUGCUCUCAUCAAAUCGCCUUAACCCACAACGAAAAGGUGACGACAAUCCGGAUUCUUUACUGAGCGAAGACAAUCAGCUUCCUCUUGAUUCGAAUCCAGAUAACAUGGGUUGCCAUUCUCAAGGAAGUGGCGUUCAAGGGGGUUAUCACCUCUUUCCUAGGUCCUCGUUUUACAUUAGGAAUCGUUAUUUGAGUCGGAUCGGGGCUCAGAUACCUAGACAUAUACUUAUGGGGUGUAACAAGCCGAUUACUUCGAUUCCAUACCAUGGUGGGAUAUAUCAAAAAAUGCCCGCAUAUUUAAAAUGAUGUUUUUUUAUUUUUAUUAUAUGAUUUUAUUAUAAUUGUUUUUUUAGACAUUCAAUUUUUACAUUUAAAAAAAAUAUAGCUAUUCCUUAUAUAUUAAAUAGCCAUCAAUAAUUUUUUUUGUUUAUUUUUAUUCUCUACCCUGACGUCUUAUAUUGAGAUUUUAU